ACUCCCGCCUCGCCGCCCGCCCACCGCCGUGCCAGCCCCUAGGAUGGGCGCCCCGAGUGGGUGCCAAGCACCAGUGUGGGCCCUCGUGGCCCUGCUCUUGGUGCAGAAGGCAGAGACCCAGCGCAGCCCAGAGCAGAGCGCAGACAGAGCCGAGCCUGCCGCGUACAGCCCUCGGGUGCACGGGGCCCAGCGCGUGACCUUCCUCGUACCCAUCUCCGUCUUCCCCACCAUGAGCUCCCUGAAUGCGGCGCACAGUGGGCGGGUGUGCAGCACCUGGGGCGACUCCCACUACAAGACCUUCGACGGCCACCUCUUCCGCUUCCCCGGCCUGUGCAACUACGUCUUCUCCGCGCACUGCGGGGCCGCCUACGAGGACUUCAACAUCCAGCUCCGCCGCGGCCUCGUGGACUCCAGGCCCAUCAUCACUCACAUCGUCCUCAGGAUGCAGGGGCUGGUGCUGGAGAUAGCCAACGGCUCUGUCCUCAUCGACGGGCGGCGGGAGGAGCUGCCCUACAGCCGCCCAGGCCUCCUGGUGGAGGGGAGUCACGCAGAUGUGAAGAUCAGCGUCCGGCUGGGGCUGACCUUCCUGUGGAACGGAGAAGACAGCGCCCUGCUGGAGCUGGACCCCAAGUAUGCCAACAAGACAUGUGGCCUGUGCGGGGACUUCAACGGGCUCCCAACCGUCGGCGAGUUCCACACCCACAACACUAGGCUGACCCCGCUACAGUUUGGGAACCUGCAGAAGCUGGAUGGGCCCACGGAGCAGUGCCAGGACCCCCUGCCCUCCCCGGCGGACAACUGCACUGAUGAAGAGGGCCUCUGCCGCAGGACCCUGCUGGGCCCGGCUUUCGCUCAGUGCAACAGGCUGCUGGAUGUCGAGCUGUACGUGGCCGCCUGCACCCAGGACCUGUGCCGCUGCCCUGCCUGCCCCUGCGCCACCUUCGCCGAGUACUCCCGCCAGUGCGCCCAUGCCGGGGGGCAGCCGCAGAACUGGCGGGGCCCCGACCUCUGCCCCCAGACGUGCCCCCGGAACAUGCAGCACCACGAAUGCGGCUCGCCCUGCGUGGACACCUGCUCCAACCCGGGGCACUCCCAGCAUUGCGAGGACCACUGCGUCGAUGGCUGCUUCUGCCCCCCAGGCACCGUGCUGGAUGAUGUCACCCACACAGGCUGCCUGCCCCUGCAGCAGUGCCCCUGCACCCACAGCGGCCACACCUAUGCCCCGGGGGACUCCUACACCACCAGCUGCAGCUCCUGCACCUGCUCCGGGGGACUAUGGAAGUGCCAGGCCCUCCCGUGCCCGGGCACCUGCUCCGUCCAGGGCGGGUCGCACAUCUCCACCUACGACGAGAAACUCUACGACAUGCACGGGGACUGCAGCUACGUCCUGACCAAGAAAUGUGCGGACAACACCCUCACGGUGCUGGCUGAGCUGCGGAAAUGUGGCCUGACCGACAAUGAGAACUGCCUCAAAACGGUGACACUGAGCAUGCACGGAGGGGACACGGCCAUCCGGAUCCAGGCCAACGGUGCUGUGUUCAUGAACUCCAUCUACACCCAGCUGCCUGUGUCAGCGGCCAACGUUACCAUCUUCAGACCCUCGUCCUUCUUCAUCCUGGUGCAGACGGGCCUCGGGCUGCAGGCGCAGGUGCAGCUGGUGCCCCUCAUGCAGGUGUUCCUCAGGCUGGACCCCUCCUACCAUGGCCAGAUGUGCGGCCUGUGUGGGAACUUCAACCAGAACCAGGCGGACGACUUCCGGACCAUCAGCGGUGUGGUGGAGGGCACGGCCGCCGCCUUCGCCAAUGCCUGGAAGACCCAGGCCACCUGCCCGAACGUCAAGAACAGCUUUGAGGACCCCUGCUCCCUCAGCGUGGAGAACGAGAACUAUGCCCAGCACUGGUGCUCCCUGCUGACCAGCCCUGCCGGGGCCUUCUCACCCUGCCACGCCAUCGUCAACCCUGCGCCCUUCCAUUCGAACUGCAUGUUCGACACGUGCAACUGUGAGAAGAGUGAGGACUGCAUGUGCGCCGCCCUGUCCUCCUACGUGCGGGCCUGCGCCGCCAAGGGCGUGCUGCUGAGCGGAUGGCGGGACGGCGUGUGCACCAGGUACGCGAGCAACUGCCCCAAGUCCCAGAAUUACUCCUACGUGGUGGAGAGCUGCCAGCCCACCUGCCGCUCCCUGAGCCAGGUCGACGUCACCUGCGAUGUGGCCUUCGUGCCUGUGGACGGCUGCACCUGCCCCUCGGGCACCUUCCUGGACGACGCUGGUGCCUGUGUGCCUGCCAAGGACUGUCCCUGCUACUCCCGCGGCUCCGUGGUGGCUCCCGGGGAGGUCCUCCAUGACAACGGUGUGGCGUGCUUGUGCACCGGUGGCAAGCUGAGCUGCCUGGGAUAUGAGGAGCAGAGCACAGGGUGUGCAGCCCCCAUGGUGUUCCUGGACUGCCGCAACGCCUCUGCCGGCUCGCCUGGGGCCGAGUGUCUCCACAGCUGUCACUCACUGGACGUGGACUGUUUCAGCUCUCACUGCGUGUCUGGCUGCGUCUGCCCCCCGGGGCUGGUGUCGGACGGGAGUGGGGGCUGCGUGGCCCAGGAGGACUGCCCCUGCCUGCACAACGAGGUCGUCUACAAGCCUGGGGAGACCAUCCGCGUCGACUGCAACACCUGCACGUGCAGAAGCCGCAGGUGGGAGUGCACCCGCCAGCCCUGCCUGGGUACCUGCGUGGCCUACGGGGACGGCCACUUUAUCACCUUCGACGGCGAGCGCUACAGCUUCCAAGGCAGCUGCGAGUACUCGCUGGCCCAGGACUACUGUGGGGGCAAUGGCACGGCCAACGGGACCUUCCGCAUCAUCACCGAGAACGUCCCCUGUGGGACCACAGGUGUCACCUGCUCCAAGGCCAUCAAGCUGUUCCUGGAGAACUAUGAGCUGAUCCUCCACGAGGGCACCUACAAGGUGCUGCAGCGGGCGCCAGGUGGGCACCAGCCCUUCAAGAUCCGUUACAUGGGCCUCUACCUGGCCAUCGAGACCCGCAGCGGCAUGAUCCUGUCCUGGGACCGGAAGACCAGCGUGUUCAUCAGGCUGAACCAGGAUUACAAGGGGAGGGUCUGCGGGCUGUGCGGGAACUUUGAUGACAACGCCCUCAACGACCUCACCACGCGGAGCCAGUCCGUGGUGGGCGACGUGCUGGAGUUUGGCAACAGCUGGAAAUUCUCCCCGUCCUGCCCGGAUGCCCAGGACCCCGAGGACCCCUGCACGGCCAACCCGCACCGCAAGUCCUGGGCCCAGAAGCAGUGCAGCAUCAUCAGUGGGGAUGCCUUCAGCGCCUGCCGUUCUCAGGUCGACUCCACCAGGUACUACGAGGCCUGCGUGAGCGACGCCUGCGCCUGUGACUCUGGGGGCGACUGCGAGUGCUUCUGCACGGCCGUGGCCGCCUACGCCCGGGCCUGCCACGAAGCGGGCGUGUGCGUGUCCUGGCGGACCCCGGACAUCUGCCCCUUGUUCUGUGACUACUACAACCCGCACGGGGAGUGUGAGUGGCACUACGAGCCUUGUGGGGCCCCCUGCCUGAGGACCUGCCGGAACCCCAGUGGGCAGUGCUCCAUGGACCUGCCGGGCCUGGAAGGCUGCUACCCGAAGUGCCCGCCCAGCAAGCCAUUCUUCAACGAGGAUGAGAUGAAGUGCGUGGCCCAGUGCGCCUGCUACGACGAGGAUGGAAACCACUACGAUGUGGGCAUGAGGGUCCCCACUGCGGAGAACUGCCAGAGCUGUGUCUGCACUUUCCGAGGCCUCCAGUGCGCAAACAGCCUGACGGACUGCAAGUGCACCUACCAGAACAGAAUCUACAACUACGGGGACGUCAUCUACAACACGACUGACGGGCUGGGCGCCUGCUUGAUUGCUGUCUGUGGAGACAAUGGGACGAUCACCCGGGAAGCCGUGAGGUGUCCUGGAACCCCGUCCAUGACACCCUUCACCUUCACCAGCAUCACCUCCACCCCUACCCCCAUCACCACCUCCAGCAUCACCUCUACAUUCACCCCUGCCUCCACCCCCUCCACCCCCACCAGCAUCACCUCCACCCCCACCCCCAUCACAACCUCCAGCAUCACAUCCACAUUCACCCCCGCCUCCACCCCCUCCACCCCCACCAGCAUCACUUCCCCCCCCACCCCCACCACCAGCAUCACAUCCACAUUCACCCCCGCCUCCACCCCCUCCACCCCCACCAGCAUCACCUCCACCCCCACUCCCACCACCAGCAUCACCACCACACCCACUCCCAACCCCACCCCCAUCACCACCACCAGCAUCACCUCCACAUUCACCCCCGCCUCCAUCCCCUCCACCACUACCCCCACCCCCACCAGCAUCUCCUCCACCCCCACCUUCAUCACGACCUCCAGCAUCACAUCCACAUUCACCCCCGCCUCCACCCCCUCCACCCCCACCAGCAUCACCUCCACCCCCACCCCCACCACCAGCAUCACCUCCAACCCCACCCCCAUCACGACCUCCAGCAUCACAUCCACAUUCACCCCCGCCUCCACCCCCUCCACCCCCACCAGCAUCACCUCCACCCCCACCCCCAUCACGACCUCCAGCAUCACAUCCACAUUCACCCCCGCCUCCACCCCCUCCACCCCCACCAGCAUCACCUCCACCCCCACCCCCAUCACGACCUCCAGCAUCACAUCCACAUUCACCCCCGCCUCCACCCCCUCCACCCCCACCAGCAUCACCUCCACCCCCACUCCCACCACCAGCAUCACCACCACACCCACUCCCAACCCCACCCCCUCCACCCCCACCAGCAUCACCUCCACCCCCACCCCCAUCACGACCUCCAGCAUCACAUCCACAUUCACCCCCGCCUCCACCCCCUCCACCUCCACCAGCAUCACCUCCACCCCCACCCCCACCACCAGCAUCACCUCCAACCCCACCCCCAUCACGACCUCCAGCAUCACAUCCACAUUCACCCCCGCCUCCACCCCCUCCACCCCUACCAGCAUCACCUCCACCCCCACUCCCACCACCAGCAUCACCACCACACCCACUCCCAACCCCACCCCCAUCACCACCACCAGCAUCACCUCCACAUUCACCCCCGCCUCCAUCCCCUCCACCACUACCCCCACCCCCACCAGCAUCUCCUCCACCCCCACCUUCAUCACGACCUCCAGCAUCACAUCCACAUUCACCCCCGCCUCCACCCCCUCCACCCCUACCAGCAUCACCUCCACCCCCACUCCCACCACCAGCAUCACCACCACACCCACUCCCAACCCCACCCCCACCACCAGCAUCACCUCCAACCCCACCCCCAUCACCACCACCAGCAUCACCACCAGCAUCACCUCCACAUUCACCCCCGCCUCCACCCCCUCCACCCCCACCAGCAUCACCUCCACCGCCACCCCCACCACCAGCAUCACCCCCAGCAUCUCCAUCACCCCCAGCCCCACCUCCACCACUGGUAUCAUCACCACACCCAACCUCACCUCCACACCUACCUCUACCUCCAUUCCCUCCACCACCCACACUCCCACCAUCAGCAUCUCCACCACCCCCACCCCCAUCAACACCAUCAGCAUCACCACCACUCCAACCCCCAACCCCACCUCCACUCCCACCAGCUUCACCUCCACACCCACCCCCAACACUACCACCACCACCACCAUCACAGCCACCCCUACCCCUAGCCACAGCCAGAGCACAACCAGCUGUCAACCCAAGUGUCAGUGGACAGAAUGGUUCGAUGUGGACUUCCCCACCUCGGGGAUCCCGGGUGGAGACAUGGAGACCUAUGACAACAUUAGGGCUGCAGGCGGCAAGAUGUGUAGGGAGCCGAAGAAGAUCGAGUGCCGGGCAGAGAGAUUCCCCGAGGUGAGCCUGGACCAGCUCGGGCAGGUGGUCACCUGCAGCCUGCAGGCCGGGCUGGUCUGCUGGAAUGACGACCAGACAGCACCGUUCACCACUUGCUUCAACUACAAUGUCCGCCUGCUCUGCUGUGACGACAUCCGGCACUGCCCCAGCACAGCCACCCCUGGCGUCAGCUCAACCCCCAGCCCCACCCACAGCAGCACCGCCACCUGGGGCUCCACACUGACACUGUCAACACCCUCGACCUCGGCCACCACACAGACCCAACCCACCUCCCUCAGGACCUCACUCACGACCACCUGGCCGACUUCAUCCCAUGCGCCCUCCACAGCCCAAAUUCACACCAGCUCGGGCUCCUCCAUGGCCACUUCCACGGCCACAGUGACCGAGACCUCCUCCCUCCUCACCCCCAGCCCCACGCCGACCCCCGGGUCCACAGCCUGUCAGCCAGAAUGCACCUGGACGGAGUGGCUGGACCACAGCUACCCGAUGCCAGGAGCCUCCGGGGGGGACUUCGAGACCUAUGCUAACAUCCGGGCGGCCGGCGGGGCCGUCUGCGAGCAGCCUGUGGCCAUCGAGUGUCGGGCCGAGAUGCAGCCGGACGUCAGCCUGGAGCAGCUGGGCCAGGUGGUGCAGUGCACACUGCAAGAGGGCCUGGUGUGCUGGAACCAGGACCAGAGCGGCCAGUUCAAGAUGUGCUUCAACUACCAGAUCCGUGUGCGGUGUUGUGACUACAGCCACUGUACCAGCCCUACUGUCACCAAGGCCACCACGCUGGCCUCCACAGCCUCCGCCCCCAGCAGCAGCAUGAGCAAGGGGUCAUCGACGGCGACUCCACCCUGGACCACGGCCACCUCCCAGACGCACGUCUCCUCUCCUGUGACCACCGAGAGGGUCUCCACCACCACCACUGAGUCAAGACCUUCCUCCACGGGCACCACCGAGAGGGUCUCCACCGCCACCACUGAGACAAGUCCCUCCUCCACAGGGACCACCCAGGGGGUCUUCACUCCCACCACUGAGACCCGUCCCUCCUCCACAGUGACCACCGAGAGGAUCUCCACCCCCAUCACUGAGACAAGACUCUCCUCCACAGGGACCACCAAGAGGGUCUCCACCCCCAUCACUGAGACAAGUCCCUCCUCCACGGGGACCACCCAGGGGGUCUCCACUCCCACCACUGAGACCCGUCCCUCCUCCACGGUGACCACUGAGAGGGUCUCCACCCCCACCACUGAGACCCGUCCCUCCUCCAUGGUGACCACUGAGAGGGUCUCCACCACCACCACUGAGUCAAGACUCUCCUCCACAGGGACCACCAAGAGGGUCUCCACCCCCAUCACUGAGACAAGUCCCUCCUCCACAGGGACCACCCAGGGGGUCUCCACUCCCACCACUGAGACCCGUCCCUCCUCCAUGGUGACCACUGAGAGGGUCUCCACCACCACCACUGAGUCAAGACUCUCCUCCACAGGGACCACCGAGAGGGUCUCCACCGCCACCACUGAGACAAGUCCCUCCUCCACAGGGACCACCAAGAGGGUCUCCACUCCCACCACUGAGACCCGUCCCUCCUCCACGGGGACCACCGAGAGGGUCUCCACCCCCACCACUGAGACCCGUCCCUCCUCCACGGGGACCACCGAGAGGGUCUCCACCCUUACCACUGUGACUUCCAAAAUUUACAUGACCUCUGGCCCCCUGACAACCAAGACCCCCUCCACACUGACACUGUCAUCUCCCCAACCCUCGGCCACCACACAGACCCAACCCACCUCCCUCAGGACCUCACUCACGACCACCUGGCCGACUUCAUCCCAUGCGCCCUCCACAGCCCAAAUUCACACCAGCUCGGGCUCCUCCAUGGCCACUUCCACGGCCACAGUGACCGAGACCUCCUCCCUCCUCACCCCCAGCCCCACGCCGACCCCCGGGUCCACAGCCUGUCAGCCAGAAUGCACCUGGACGGAGUGGCUGGACCACAGCUAUCCGAUGCCAGGAGCCUCCGGGGGGGACUUCGAGACCUAUGCUAACAUCCGGGCGGCCGGCGGGGCCGUCUGCGAGCAGCCUGUGGCCAUCAAGUGUCGGGCCGAGAUGCAGCCGGACGUCAGCCUGGAGCAGCUGGGCCAGGUGGUGCAGUGCACACUGCAAGAGGGCCUGGUGUGCCGGAACCAGGACCAGAGCGGCCAGUUCAAGGUGUGCUUCAACUACCAGAUCCGUGUGCAGUGUUGUGACUACAGCCACUGUACCAGCCCUACUGUCACCAAGGCCACCACGCUGGCCUCCACAGCCUCUGCCCCCAGCAGCAGCAUGAGCAAGGGGUCAUCGACGGCGACUCCACCCUGGAACACGGCCACCUCCCAGACGCACAUCUCCUCUCCUGCGACCACUGAGAUGGUCUCUACCACCACCACUGAGUCAAGACCUUCCUCCACGGGCACCACGAAGAGGGUCUCCACCCCCAUGACUGAGACAAGUCCCUCCUCCACAGGGACCACCCAGGGGGUCUCCACUCCCACCACUGAGACCCGUCCCUCCUCCACGGUGACCACCGAGAGGAUCUCCACCCCCACCACUGAGACAAGACUCUCCUCCACAGGGACCACCAAGAGGGUCUCCACCCCCAUCACUGAGACAAGUCCUUCCUCCACAGGGACCACCCAGGGGGUCUCCACUCCCACCACUGAGACCCGUCCCUUCUCCACGGUGACCACCGAGAGGGUCUCCACCCCCACCACUGAGACCCGUCCCUCCUCCACGGGGACCACCGAGAGGGUCUCCACCCCCACCACUGAGACCCGUCCCUCCUCCACGGGGACCACCGAGAGGGUCUCCACCCUUACCACUGUGACUUCCAAAAUUUACAUGACCUCUGGCCCCCUGACAACCAAGACCCCCUCCACACUGACACUGUCAUCUCCCCAACCCUCGGCCACCACACAGACCCAACCCACCUCCCUCAGGACCUCACUCACGACCACAUGGCCGACUUCAUCCCAUGCGCCCUUCACAGCCCAAAUUCACACCAGCUCGGGCUCCUCCAUGGCCACUUCCACGGCCACAGUGACCGAGACCUCCUCCCUCCUCACCCCCAGCCCCACGCCGACCCCCGGGUCCACAGCCUGUCAGCCAGAAUGCACCUGGACGGAGUGGCUGGACCACAGCUAUCCGAUGCCAGGAGCCUCCGGGGGGGACUUCGAGACCUAUGCUAACAUCCGGGCGGCCGGCGGGGCCGUCUGCGAGCAGCCUGUGGCCAUCAAGUGUCGGGCCGAGAUGCAGCCGGACGUCAGCCUGGAGCAGCUGGGCCAGGUGGUGCAGUGCACACUGCAAGAGGGCCUGGUGUGCCGGAACCAGGACCAGAGCGGCCAGUUCAAGAUGUGCUUCAACUACCAGAUCCGUGUGCGGUGUUGUGACUACAGCCACUGUACCAGCCCUACUGUCACCAAGGCCACCACGCUGGCCUCCACAGCCUCUGCCCCCAGCAGCAGCAUGAGCAAGGGGUCAUCGACGGCGACUCCACCCUGGAACACGGCCACCUCCCAGACGCACAUCUCCUCUCCUGCGACCACUGAGAUGGUCUCUACCACCACCACUGAGUCAAGACCUUCCUCCACGGGCACCACGAAGAGGGUCUCCACCCCCAUGACUGAGACAAGUCCCUCCUCCACAGGGACCACCCAGGGGGUCUCCACUCCCACCACUGAGACCCGUCCCUCCUCCACGGUGACCACCGAGAGGAUCUCCACCCCCACCACUGAGACAAGACUCUCCUCCACAGGGACCACCAAGAGGGUCUCCACCCCCAUCACUGAGACAAGUCCUUCCUCCACAGGGACCACCCAGGGGGUCUCCACUCCCACCACUGAGACCCAUCCCUUCUCCACGGUGACCACCGAGAGGGUCUCCACCCCCACCACUGAGACCCGUCCCUCCUCCACGGGGACCACCGAGAGGGUCUCCACCCCCACCACUGAGACAAGACUCUCCUCCACAGGGACCACCAAGAGGGUCUCCACCCCCAUCACUGAGACAAGUCCUUCCUCCACAGGGACCACCCAGGGGGUCUCCACUCCCACCACUGAGACCCGUCCCUUCUCCACGGUGACCACCGAGAGGGUCUCCACCCCCACCACUGAGACCCGUCCCUCCUCCACGGGGACCACCGAGAGGGUCUCCACCCCCACCACUGAGACCCGUCCCUCCUCCACGGGGACCACCGAGAGGGUCUCCACCCUUACCACUGUGACUUCCAAAAUUUACAUGACCUCUGGCCCCCUGACAACCAAGACCCCCUCCACACUGACACUGUCAUCUCCCCAACCCUCGGCCACCACACAGACCCAACCCACCUCCCUCAGGACCUCACUCACGACCACAUGGCCGACUUCAUCCCAUGCGCCCUCCACAGCCCAAAUUCACACCAGCUCGGGCUCCUCCAUGGCCACUUCCACGGCCACAGUGACCGAGACCUCCUCCCUCCUCACCCCCAGCCCCACGCCGACCCCCGGGUCCACAGCCUGUCAGCCAGAAUGCACCUGGACGGAGUGGCUGGACCACAGCUAUCCGAUGCCAGGAGCCUCCGGGGGGGACUUCGAGACCUAUGCUAACAUCCGGGCGGCCGGCGGGGCCGUCUGCGAGCAGCCUGUGGCCAUCAAGUGUCGGGCCGAGAUGCAGCCGGACGUCAGCCUGGAGCAGCUGGGCCAGGUGGUGCAGUGCACACUGCAAGAGGGCCUGGUGUGCCGGAACCAGGACCAGAGCGGCCAGUUCAAGGUGUGCUUCAACUACCAGAUCCGUGUGCGGUGUUGUGACUACAGCCACUGUACCAGCCCUACUGUCACCAAGGCCACCACGCUGGCCUCCACAGCCUCCGCCCCCAGCAGCAGCAUGAGCAAGGGGUCAUCGACGGCGACUCCACCCUGGACCACGGCCACCUCCCAGACGCACGUCUCCUCUCCUGCGACCACCGAGAGCGUUUCUACCACCACCACUGAGUCAAGACCUUCCUCCACGGGCACCACCGAGAGGGUCUCCACCGCCACCACUGAGACAAGUCCCUCCUCCACAGGGACCACCCAGGGGGUCUCCACUCCCACCACUGAGACCCGUCCCUCCUCCACGGGCACCACCGAGAGGGUCUCCACCGCCACCACUGAGACAAGUCCCUCCUCCACAGGGACCACCCAGGGGGUCUCCACUCCCACCCCUGAGACCCGUCCCUCCUCCAUGGUGACCACCGAGAGGGUCUCCACCCCCACCACUGAGACAAGACUCUCCUCCACAGGGACCACCCAGGGGGUCUCCACCUCCACCACUGAGACCCGUCUCUCCUCCACGGGCACCACUGUGAGGGUCUCUGCCCCUAGUCCCACUGCCUCUUUGAGGUCCUCCCCCAUGACUACCAGGGUAGUCUUGCCCAUCAUCUCUCCCACAGGCCCCUUACUGUCCUCUCCGUAUGUGACCACCCCCCAGUCCCCACCUAGUGCACCCUCCUUGUCCCCAUGGACCCCUGGCAGCCUGCCGUCCUCCACAGCGCCCUCUUCCCAUCCUGGCUCCACCACGCCCUGCCGCUGUAGCGCCUAUGGACAGCUGUUUCUACCAGGGGAUGUCAUCUACAACAAGACGGACGCAGCGGGUUGCCACUUCUCAGCCAUUUGCAACCAGCGCUGUGACGUCGACCGCAUCCCGGGCGCUUGCCCCACCUCCUCACUCCCAGAGACCGCAGCCUCUGCUCCCCCAUCCUCCUCGCCUCCUGGCUGCGAUCUGGCUGUCCCUCCCCGACAGGUGAACGAGUCCUGGAUCCUCGAGAACUGCACGGUGGCCUGGUGCUUGGGCCACAACCGCAUCGUUCUGCUGGGGCCAAAGCCUGUGGCCCCCAUCACCUGCGUGAACGGGCACCUGCCGGUGGAAGUGCAGAGCCCGGAGGAGCCCUGUGACUACCACUACGAGUGCGAGUGCUCCUGCAGCGGCUGGGGGAACACCCACUAUGAGACCUUCGACGGCACCUCCUACUCUUUCUGGGACAAGUGCACCUACGUCCUGGUGCGGGAGAUCAGCCCACGCCACGGGAACCUCAGCAUCCAUCUGCACAACCGCUACUGUGGGGUUGCCGCCAGCUGCCCCCGCGCCCUCAGCGUCCACUACGCGUCCAUGGAGGUCAUCCUCACCACCGCCACAGGCGCUGACGGGCAGCAGGAAAGCCUGAUCCUGUUCGACCAAACACGGGUGAGCCAGGGCUUCAGCAAGAACGGCGUGGCCGUGACCAAGUCGGGGGCCACCGAGAUGGGCGUUGCCAUUCCCACCAUUGGCGUGAGCGUCACCUUCAACGGGCGGGUCUUCCAGGUCCGGCUGUCCUACAGCCGCUUCAGCCACAACACUGAGGGCCAGUGCGGGACCUGCACCAACAGCCGUGAGGAUGACUGCCGCCGGCCGGACGGCACCACGGCCCCCAGCUGCCAGGACACGGCCUGGACCUGGCUGGUCCCCGAGAGCGGCGAGGAGGGCUGCCUGGCGCCCACCAGCCAGCCCCUGCCCACCACACCCACCUCCAUCCCAUGCCCCGAGGCCCCCACCUGCGAUCUGAUUCUUGGCCAGAUCUUCGCCGAGUGCCACCGCCUCAUCCCACCCGGCCUGUUCUUCAGCACCUGCAUCAGCGACAGCUGCGGCGGUGACACCUGCCAGAGCCUGGAGGCCUACGCAGCGCUCUGCCGCGCCCGGGGCGUGUGUCCCGACUGGCGCAAUGCCACCCGCGGGCUGUGCGACCUCGCCUGCCCGCCCACCAAGGUGUAUAAACCGUGUGGCCCAGUGUACCCCCAGUCCUGUGACUUCAGGAGCCAGGGCCCAGCCAGCAGAGGGCUGGUGGAGGGCUGCUUCUGUCCUGACGGCCAGAUCCUGUUCAGCCCACACAAGGACAUCUGUGUGCCUGAGUGCCCCUGCGUGGGACCAGACAGGUCUCCCAAAUUCCCUGGAGAGCGAUGGGUCAGCAACUGCCAGGACUGCGUGUGUGACGAGGGCUCCGUAUCAGUGCAGUGUGUCCCGGUGCAGUGCAAGACCUGGGGCCAGGCCCUGGAAUGCGGCCGAGCUGGCUUCGUGGCCAUCACCAGGCCCCAGGCUGACAACCCGUGCUGCCCAGAGACUCUCUGCGUCUGCAACGCGAGCAGAUGCCCCCAGAGCCCGCCCCAGUGCGGGCCGGGAGAGGAGCUGGUCCGCACACAGGAGGACGACGACUGCUGCCCCACGUUCACCUGCUGGCCUCAGCUGUGUGACUACAACGGCACCGUCUACGGGGUCGGAGCAGCUGUCCCGUCGCCCACUUCCUGCCAGAAAUGCACCUGCCUGCUCAGGGACACCCAGGGUCCGACUGUGCAGUGUGAAGAUGUCACCUGCAACAGCACCUGCCCGCAGGGCUUCAAGCACUCGAGGGUAGAUGGGCAGUGCUGCGGGGAGUGCGUGCAGACGGCUUGCUUCACACCCGAUGGCCAGCUGGUCCAGCCCAACGAGACCUGGGUCAACAGCCUCGUGGACAACUGCACGGAGUACCACUGCCAGGCCGAGAACAGGCCCCCUUUGCUGACCCCGACACCUGUCGCUUGCCCGGACAUGUCUACCUGCAGGGGCGUCCUCAAGAAAACCGGUUGCUGCUACUCCUGUGAGGAAGUGGACUCCUGCCAGGUCCAAGUCGGCGUGAUGGUCCUGCAGCACGGGGGCUGCAUCACCCCGGCCGCCGUCACGGUCUCCUUCUGCGAGGGUUUCUGCCCCGGAGGGUCCAGGUACUCCAUGAGGGCCCCGGCCUCACAGUGCCAGUGCACCUGCUGCCAGGAGACCAGGACUCACCAGGAGGUGGUGACCAUGCAGUGUCCCAACGGGACGGCCAUCCAGCACACCUACACCCACGUGGACGAGUGCAGCUGCGUCCCAUCCUGUGGGACACAGGACAGCACCCACACCACUGUCUGACGCAUUCUGCCCCCGCCCCACACGCCCUCCCCACCUGGAGGCAGAGCGUGCACCUCCCAACCACCGAGACCUCGGGAGCCCUGCCCACCUUACACCUGCCCCAGGUGAAACCUGGGCCCUGGAGGGUGACGGCGCAGUGAGGCUGUGCUUGAGAAGGGCCCCAGGCGGCGGCCUUGCCCUCAGAGCCUCCCCCGCCUGUUUUGGCCCCCCACCUGGCCACGAGGGCCCGCCUCUGAUCCGAAACACAAGCACCCACUCCGCCCAGGCUCCCCCACUUCCUGGUGUCAGAUGGCUGCCCUGGAGAACGUCGCACACCCGCCAUUCCCACCGCGGGCCUGUGUGCGCCGCUGCCCCUCCAAGCCGGUGGAGCAGACUCCCUCUGGCUGCCUCCUGCAGCUGACCACAGACAGGCCUGUCCCCUCAAGGCUGGCCGCCCCCAGGGAGCUGCGCCUGGCUGGCUGGCUGCCUGGCCUGUGUCUGCCCAAGGGGCGGGCCGGGGAGGGGUUGGCACCCCACAGCACCCCCACCCCCACUCACCCCGCUCAUCUUCCAAAUAAAUGCUGAGCAUCUCGUG